UUAAGUGGGAGGACGAGGAAGGAACAGUAUCAAGUCAGCAGGAAAAACAACAAGACAAAAACAAAGUAGACGACAAUUCGGCUCUCCACGCUCUCCAUCAUGUCAGAUAAAGUUCCAGUUGUUUUAAAUCAUAACAGACGCUUAUCAGACGAGAAGAAAAGAAGUGCCCCGAUAGCAUCAACGUAUGAGCUUUACAAUCAACUGUAUAAUGCGUGGUGCACAGCACAUCCUCAUUCGCCAGCUCAUGUCAGCAGGAUGGAAGCCUCCGAAUAUUGGGAGGCCAAUAAGGACAAAACGAAACCUGGCACACGUGACACAAUUGAAAAAAAAAUUAUUGAACUGAACGGCAGUUUAGUCUUACCAAAAGGCCAGAGUACGUUGGAGAAAAUGUGGCAAAGACAGGAAAGUAGGAAUGCCAAUCUGGCGAAUCUGGGCCAAAAUGCAGCAAAAGAUGUAAAUUCUCUCAGUUCUGAGAGUCGAUUGAACAAAUCCCCUCCAAUUGUGAUAACCAUUGAUGAUGAUGAUGAUGAUGAUGAGAGUAACACUCAAGCAAUUGAACCAUUAGUGGUUUUAGAAGUGGUUGUACUAGAGAACCAGACGGAUUGCCCCUUGAGUGGAUCAAAUGAUGAUUGUGAUAUGCCUCAGAGUGUUGUUGAUGAGCAGGGCCCUGAAGGUGAACAGAAGGCUACGAGUGUCCAGGAUAUUACUACAAAUGAUAAGACAACGGAUAGUGGUGGCACUCGUGAGAUUGGCGUGGACCCCCAAAACGAAGAUGGCUUCAUCCGCAUCCGCAAUAUUGAAAGUUUGAUGGAAAAUUCACAAGAAGAAGACUGUAUUGUACUAGAAUAAUGGCUGACUUGUACCAAUUUAGCCCUUGCGUAGAUCUCAAAAGUUUUUUUUAUUAUAUUCAGAUUAUUUCUGUAAAAAUACUCUUUCGUUAUCCAACAUAUUUUGAAUAAGAAACUGUUAAUUCUUUAUUAAUGAGAAAUUGGAA